AUGGUUGACUUCGUAGAAAUCAACGGUGCCCGACUGGCAUAUCGCGUUGCCGGUCCGGAGGAUGCGCCGCUCAUGAUCACUCUUCAUGGAGGCCGAGGAAUGGGUGAGCAUGAGCACUAUUCUGUCAGUGACUUUGCACGGCUAAGCAGCUGUUCAGGUGAUCAUAGGUCGGACUUCAAAGUCUACAGCCAGCUAAGUGACAAGAUCCGAGUCUUGUCGUUCGAUUACCGUGGACAUGGUCAGAGCUCUUUGACCAAGCCGUACACAUUCGAGCAGAUAGUAGAUGACAUCGAGGGCGUAAGGCAGCACUUUGCCGGUGCCAAGCAAGUCAUCAUCUGUGGUGGAAGCUUCGGCGGCUUUCUGGCUCAGCACUAUGCGAUCAAAUAUGCCCCUAAAGUUUCGCAUUUGAUUCUCAGAGGCACAGCUGCAUCUCAUCACCACGAGGCCGGGGCGAUCAAGACUCUGGAAGAGAGAAUACAUAAAGUUCCCAGCUUCUCUGUUGACAUGCUGAGAAACAAGGUCUUUGGAGCGUACGAGAGUGAUCGUGAGUUCCAGCUGAUCUAUUUCGCCAUGAUGCCACUUUACAGGGAGGUCUUUGACCCGGAUGCGGCGCUGAAGAGCAAUCUGGAUGGCGUUUAUGUGGCUGAAUCGCACAGCAAGUUAACGAUGCCAGUGGAGAAUCGUUUUAGUAAACUGACCGUGUUUUUAGAUGAUCUAUACUCGGAGAAGGAGAAGUACUUCGAUUACACAGACCGCUUGUCACAGAUUACCGCCAAGACGUUGGUGGUUGUCGGUGACAAGGACUGGAUCUGCCCUCCAGAAAACUCGAAGUUGAUUGCCGAGAAGAUCCCUGGGGCUGAGUUGUUCAUGGUUGAGAACGCGAACCAUGGAGUGCAUGCAGAGAAGCCGGAAGUGGUGCUCCCCAAGAUCCGAAGACACUUGAACAUUUGA